AUGCCGCCGCCAUCGUCGUCCGCCGACCACCUUCCUCCUCACCAGCCUGCCGCCCGCCAGCGCCCAAAGUCGCCGGAUCGUGUACUCGCCGAGGCCGAAGCGCAAUGGCUCUUUAGUGAACAAGAACUAUUACACACCCCAUCAGUCCAAGAUGGCAUGGCGCCCGAAAAGGAGAAGGAGAUACGCGCAAAGGGCAUCAACUUCAUCCGUCAAGUCGGUAUCAUGCUCAAGCUGCCCGAACUCACUCUGUCGACUGCUGCCAUCUUCUUCAAUCGCUUCCUCAUGCGCGUCAGUCUCGUCGAUCGACCCAACCAAAAAGCACUGCACCACUACACUCUCGGUGCUACCGCUCUGUUCCUGGCCACAAAAGUCGAGGAGUCAUGUCGCAAGAUGAAGGACUUGGUCGUUGCCUGCUGUCGCGUCGCUCAGAAGAACCCAAAUCUGUUGAUCGACGAGCAAAGUAAAGAUUUCUGGAAAUGGCGCGAUACUAUCCUGCUAAACGAAGAUGUCUUGCUCGAGAUGCUGUGCUUCGAUCUCACAAUCGAAGCCCCUCACAAACAGCUCUACGAAAUGCUCAAGUACUACCACGUCCACCACAAUAAGCAACUGCGCAACGCCGCCUGGGCUUUUGUCACCGAUAGUAACAUCACCCAACUUUGUUUGCUCUGUUCGAGUCAUACCAUUGCUGCUGCUGCCCUCUAUUCGGCCGCCCGCUACUGCAAUGUUGCCUUCCCAGACUCUCCUGACGGUCGUCCAUGGUGGCACGUUCAGCACGUCUCACUCGAGGAUAUCCUGAAGGCUUGCAACUACAUGGCUGCCAACUACGAACACGUCCCUAUCAAACCCGGUCACGAAGGCGCUCAAACUAUCUAUGUACGUCACGAUGACCAAGAUUCGGACUGGGAUGCCACAAGGCUGAGUAGUAAACAGGCCAUUACCAGUCCAUCCGCUCUAAUACUACACCAAGAUACUUCCGCGAAUAGUCAUGGAAGUAAGAUUCAUCAUCUCGACCCGCCGCAGGACGAUAGAGCCGUCAAGAAGAGACGCACUUCUGAUUCUGCUACUGUCGCUACUUCUGUUCCUCAUCAUGACGCUGCCUCGCGCACUGUCGAGAGUCACGGUAGCGAGGAGGGCGAGGUUGAAGGCUAG